CACUGAUUCCCAUGGGUGUCGCAUCUACCAGUCUCGAGCAUAAGCGAAGAUAGAGCUCAGGCGCUGUACGAUCGAUUCCACAAGCUGGCAUACAAUUCGACCGACCAACCCACAUCGUUCACCGUCACCUCUGACCGCGCAUUCGGUCUCUUAUCCUACGCCUUUGCGCCGGAACAUCAGGACCAUAUCAAGGUCCGACAGAUUGAACAUGAGAACGAGGAGACUUUGACGGGGACGACGGUGUUCAUGCCUAGCUCCAAGAGGAGGGAAGGCGAUGGCGGUGUGGGUACGCAGAUCGAUUUCGCGGGCUGGCAAGUCUGGUGGAGGGGGAUCGAGUUUGACGUCUGGCAAGCCAGAUACUUUGAUCCAAUCCGAUAUUCCUACGUCGUCCAGUCACACAUCAUCGGAAGGUCCCCUCAAGAAGCCUUUCCCCUCGUUGUUCCCCCGUCGACAUCCUCGUCCCCCAUCCUGUCCUCCGCGUCGGCGGCCGACUUGUUGAUCCUCGAGAUCGCCGCCUGGAACUCGGAAGUGAGGGAUGCCAUCUUGGUAUUCGACAGCGGGUACUGGCAGGUCGAUCGGAAGCUGUGGGAUAGCGUACAAAAGGCCGACUGGAAAGACGUCAUCCUCCCCACACCCCUCAAGUCCUCUGUUAGGCACGAAUACCGCUCCUUCUUCUCCUCCGAACGGAUCUACAAGGACCUCGAUGUCGCAUGGAAACGUGGUGUCAUCUUCCUAGGACCGCCAGGGAACGGAAAGACGAUCAGCGUCAAGGCGAUGAUGCGGGGCGUGGCCAACGGGGAAGGGGUGGGGAAAGAGACCAAGAGGGUGCUCUACGUUAGGAGCUUUCAUACAUACGCCGGGGACGAAUACGGCAUCAAGCAGGUCUUUGAGCGGGCUCGACGAGAAGCGCCGUGCUUGGUCGUCUUCGAGGACAUCGAUUCGUUGAUCACGGAUAACAACCGGUCGUUCUUCCUCAACGAAGUCGACGGGUUGGAAGAUAACGAUGGAUUGCUCAUGCUCGCCACGACGAACCACUUUGAUCGACUUGACCCGGCGCUCUCCAACCGUCCCUCCCGAUUCGAUCGCAAGUACACAUUCCCCGACCCCAACAAGUCGGAGCGUCGACAGUACGCCGUGUACUGGCAGGACAAGCUCGCCAACAACGACCGUAUCAAGUUCCCGAACAAGCUGCUCGAUGAAUUUGCCGCCAAGACCGACGGGUUCUCUUUUGCCUAUAUGAAGGAGGCCUUCGUCUCGGCUCUGUUGAUCUUGGCCGGAGACGAGACCAACGACCUGACGUUCCCCCGCGAAUUGAUGGCUCAGGUUGCCGCCCUCCGCAAGGAGCUCGAUAGCGACAAGUGAGGGAUCCUCGUGAUCUUUAGCUGUCGCCCGAGAGCAUAUGAUCGCGUUCUUCGCUCCUACGCCUCGCAUUGGGGGUGAACUUGUUUGUAAUGGACGU